AUGACCCGUACUUCACUCCGUGGACUAAUAAGAACAGUCAACACAUCAAAGUCACCAAUCACACGUUCGAUACAUACAACCAUGGCACCUAAAGGACCAGCUUUAAAUAUCAAAUCGAUCAAUCAGUCAGUCAUAGAUGUACAUUAUGCAGUUCGUGGUGAAUUAGCUUUAAAAGCGGAUAAAUAUACACAACAAUUAAAUAAUCCAAAAGAUCAUUCAUUAGAUAAAUUACCUUUUGAACAUGUAGUCACUGCCAAUAUCGGAAAUCCUCAACAAAAAGGUUUAAAUCAAGUACCAUUAACUUUUUGGAGACAAGUUAUCUCUCUGGUUGAAUAUCCUGAUUUAUUCAAAAAGCAUUUGGAUUUAGCCAAAAAAAUAUAUCCUGAAGAUGUGAUAGAAAGAGCUAAAUCACUUCACGAAGAAAUUGGGAGUGUAGGUGCUUAUACUCAUUCAAAAGGUGUUUUGUCCAUAAGGAAAAGAGUCGCAAAAUUCAUCGAAGAACGAGACGGAUAUCCAGCCGAUCCAGAAUCAAUCUAUCUCACUGCAGGGGCAUCCGCCGGUGUAUCGUCCAUGCUUGCAAUCGCCUUACAACCAGGAGAUGGAUGUAUGAUCCCCAUCCCACAAUAUCCACUCUACACAGCUACAUUAGCUUAUCUCAAUGCUACACCAUUACCAUACUACUUGAACGAGAGUGAAGACUGGUCAAUGGAUCAUGAUACGCUAUUGAAAGCAGUAUCAGAAGCUAAAUCAAAGGGUAUCCCAGUCAAAGCGUUGGUCAUCAUCAACCCAGGUAAUCCAACUGGAUCAUGUCUAUCAAAAGAAGCAAUGGAAGCUGUCGUUCAUCUAUGUUACGAAGAAGGAAUCGUCUUGAUGGCAGAUGAAGUAUAUCAGACAAAUAUCUAUGAUCCAUCACAUAGACCUUUCGCUUCUUUCAAGAAAGUAUUGAAAUCAAUGCCUGAAAAAAUCGCAAAUUCCGUUGAACUGGUAUCGUUCCAUAGCAUAUCAAAAGGUGUUAGUGGUGAAUGUGGUCGUAGGGGAGGUUACUACGAAUGUGUGAAUAUAAGUCCAGAAGUCAUGGAACAAGUUUACAAGAUGGCCAGUGUAACUCUUUGUCCACCUGUUUCAGGUCAGAUCGGAGUAGAUUUAAUGGUCUCUCCCCCUAAAGCCGGAUCACCUUCAUACGAUUUGUGGAAACAAGAGACAGAUCUGAUACACAACAAUCUCAAAGAAAGAUCUCUACUCAUGGCUGAACAUUUCAACAAGUUACCUGGAAUGUCAUGUAAUCCAGCUGAAGGAGCAAUGUACUUGUUCCCCAAGAUCGAGAUGCCUCAAAAAGCUAUUGAAGAAGCUAAGAAGAGAGGCAAGGAAGCUGAUGUCAUGUAUGCGUUGGAUCUCUUAGACGCUACUGGUAUUUGUGCAGUUGCAGGCUCAGGAUUCGGUCAAGAACCCGGAACCUACCACCUCCGAGUAACUGCUUUAUGUCCUGAAACCGCAGAAUUCAUAGGAAGAUUUGAAAAGUUCCACAAAGAGUUCUUGGAGCAGUACAAGUAG